AUGGUUCCUGGCCGCCUCUUCUCAGCUCCCCGCGUCUCGACUGCCCGAGACUCCCCCGAGUCCUGGGGAUAUGUGAUUGGUCAGAAGCGGAGGCGCUCUCGCCCCGUCCCACCUAGGCCAACACAGUUGGCGGAGGUAGGGAAGACGCCCUCGAUUUGGGUACUCUAUAUUGAGCCUCAGAGAAGACGCCCCCUAACCCGGAACCCCGAUUGGCCACAGGCGCCACCUAGGCUCCACCCCUCACUGGGUAAAGUAAAUAAGACCUUCCAUGAAUUUUGCUGUCGCUCCGCUUCACUAGCUGCGCGAUGGGGCGUGGCUAUUACUAGGGGCGGGGCUAGGCAGAGAUUUCCCUUGUGUGGCCGGGAAACAGAGCCCGGCUGCGAGCUGGGGAUAGGGUUUCUCUUUGGGGGCGUGGCUUAUGCUGCCUGGCUUUCCCGCCGACGGUUGGCCACGUCACGUGACGUGAGUUGGAAGAUGGCGUCUCCCACAGAUGGAACAGAUCUGGAAGCAUCUUUGUUAAGUUUUGAAAAACUUGACCGUGCCUCACCAGAUCUUUGGCCAGAACAAUUACCAGGUGUUGCUGAAUUUGCAGCUUCCUUCAAAAGUCCUAUCACUAGCUCUCCACCUAAAUGGAUGGCUGAAAUAGAACGUGAUGACAUUGACAUGUUGAAAGAACUGGGCAGCCUAACCACAGCUAAUUUGAUGGAGAAGGUACGAGGCCUACAGAACCUGGCCUAUCAGCUGGGGCUUGAUGAAUGUUAUUCAUCUACUCUAGGGGUUGACUUUUACUCGACACUCUGAUGUGGCAUUUCAAUGUCUUAAUCCUUUUUCCUGCAUUAAUUGAGACGAUGACAUGUAUGAAAAAUAAGCAGUAGGAACUGAUGAAUCCCCAAGGACUAGGGAUCCUGUUUUCAUGCAAAUAUCUGCACUGAUAAAGAUGAUGGAAAGAAAAAAAUGUGAAAUAUAUUUGUCUUUAAAACACUGUCUGUCACUUCCAAGAGCAUUGUUUUAUGUUAGUAUAAUAAUGAGAACUUUCUAGAGCUGAUAGUAACUACAUUUCAAUUCUACCUUUUGAUUUGGUACAUGAUUAUGCCUCAGAUAACCGUUUUGGUGUGCAGAUUUUAGAAUACACUAACUUUUCUUACAGGUAUUUAUGGCCUCUCAAAUGGCUGGAGCCCCUUGACUUACUUUGGGCAGUUAUUUUAUAUUAAAUUC